AUGAAAACAACGACUUUUCUCAUAUUUCUAAUUGGUUUUCCAAUUUAUGUGCAUAUGUUGUCUGUAUGUGAAGGUACCUACAUCGAUGCAGACUUGCAAGGUGCAUGUUCCAACCCAGGUUCCAAGUGUACUACGAAAUUUGAUCAAGUCGGAGAAUGCAAAAACAUACUUUUUGCGGUAUGUUAUCAAAUUGCAUAAUCAAAAAAUUUGUGCAUUUUGCAGUUUGGCGGUCCAGCUUGCUGUAACAAUGAUCAAGACUCCGAUGAUUUUCAAACAAAUGAAAAAUGUGAUGAUUCAAAAAAAACCAACUACCGAAGAUUAUACUGUAAAAAAGGAUACGUCUUCCACGUUGGUGACAAAAAUUACAAAGCAAACAAGGGAAGCUCAAAAGACUGCGAUUUCAAUUCGGAUUGUGACGCGGGAAGUUAUUGUGUUCUUGUUAACACAAAUCCAACAAUUCGAAAAUGUUAUGAUAUUGAUACAGAAGAAGCAUCCGCCUUUGUAGUUAUCAUAGUUAUUAUUGUGAUUUUAUUGAUUAUUGGUGCGAUUGUGGCAAGUAUUAUUGUUUGUUGCUGUUGUUGUAGGAAGAGGAAAAAUGGAAAUGGAAAUGCUGGGUAUGAUCAACAAAAUCAGGCGAGACAAAGCCCAACUACUACUCACUAG